GAMUCGACUUAACACCCACUUAUAUCUUUCCAGUGKUUUUGACCUAGAAAAAAACUUUGAUGUAAAGCUCUUACAUGCAGAGAAUGCGUUCGACGCAAUUGAACCACGCGUCAAAAAAUCCAUUAAUAAUAGAGAUAAUAAGGGUUUGAUCAAGGAGCGUAAUGAUCUCAAUUAUGACAUACAAAAUGUUCUAAGUAUCGGUCGAACAAUGAUAAGCAACAACCGAUGUGAUCCASAACAAGCURAAGAUUACAAGAAGAGACUGGACAAACUAGAGAAGAAAAUGCAGUUUCUCAUGAGCUGGCCAAUUCUACAGCACACAAGUUUGCUGAUGGGACUUCCGAUWGUUGAGCAAGCAAGCACAAGAUUGAGUGUACACGAUAGAGUACGAUUCUUGGACAAAAACCUAGAAGAAGCUGAGCGCGGCAUUACGACGUUGGAAAGGAAGAUUAAAAAGACGAAUCUCGAACAAGAUGAGGCAGAGAUGCUGAUAAGACAACGAGAGGACCUGGGACCAACAGUUGCUGGUGUAGUUGGCCUGGGACGAGGUAUGAUAGAGGAGAGUCUGGUUGAUAGGAACAGAACGGAGGAAUACCUGACGAGGUUUGAGACUCUGGAAAAGAGAAUGAAAAAGUUGAUGAUUUGGCCAAUCAUUAUCAGGGCAAGUGACAUCGACUAUAAAGCCUUCUACGAGGAUAACCUGUCAGGUAUGGAGGCAGCACUUAAUGCUUUAGAGCAAAGAGUAAAGACUGUCGUGGCAACAGAAACGAACAAAAUGACUUUAGCACAUGAGAGCAAAGAUUUUGAACUAAACGUGUACGUUGUUACCAGCCUUGGUCGUGGCAUGAUUGAAGACAMGUUUUUUGACAAAAAAACUGAAGUUGAAUAUGAUGAAAGAAUCMAGAAAUUAGAAAAUGGAACAGUAUGCAUCGUUCUGAUGACAAAUGGAAGGGAAAACAGAGAGAAGUACUUCGAUGGAAUGCUUCGCGGCAUUGAAGAUAAGCUGGAUGAUAUCAAGGUUAACAGAGGAAAUGACGUUCUUAAGGAAAAAGCCGUAAUCGAGCAAUUAGAUCAGCUACAAGUAAAAGUCAACGACGUAUACAAAUUGUAUCAAGAGAUGGUAAAAUUUGAACUCUUAGAUAGCGAAGAGAAGGACCAGUAUCAGACAAGACUCGACGCGAUAAAUAGAAAUAUAGCACUGUUAAAAGACUUACCUCAUGUAGUUGAAAGAAGUACCGAUACACUACAAGACUUCCAGGGAAUGCUUGACGAUAUUGAGCGAGGUUAUGCAAGCAUAGAACCACGUGUGAGAAAAUCAAUUCACAAUAGAGAUAAUAAGGUAUUGAUUAUUGAGCGGGAUAAUCUGAAUCGAAGUGCAAGUGAUGUCAUCAGACUUGUUCGUAAUACGGCUGAUGGUAAGGUUAUUGACAAGGACAGCACUGUUGAAUGCCAAAAGAGAAUGAAUGACGUUGAAAGGAAAAUGAAAUUGCUAAUGGGAUGGCCUAUUAUCGAGGAAACAAGCUUUCUUAUGGAUCUUCCAAUUAUAGAACAAGCAAGCACAAGGUUAAAUGUUCACGAYCGAGUGCGAUUUCUGGACCAAAAGCUCCACCAGGCAGAGGUGGGCGUAAAAGGCAUUCUAAAGUUACUUGAAAACAGAAACCGCCAAGAAAAUGACGAUGGGCUGUUGAAUAUCUAUUCAUUUGAAAAUAAAGGUUUGCUAAAGCUUAUUAGUAACGAAAGGGAAGACCUGGAGCCUCGAGUACUAGGAGUGCUUGGUCUUGGUCAAGUUAUGUUAGAAGACAAUCUMGUCGACAAAAACAGAGAUAGAGAAUACAGACAGCGCUUUAAGGACUUGGAAGUUAAAAUCAAGAAACUUAUGAUGUGGCCACUGAUUAUCAAAUCAAGCGAUGAAGAUUACAGUGCAUACUACAACAUAAAGCUUGCUGAAACGGAGUCUACAGUAGACGAACUACUGCAAACAAUAAAACGACCCAUUAAUAGUACUACAGAACAACAAGCUUUAAUGAAGGAGCGUGAAGACACAGAAAUGACUGUAUAUGUCGUUACCAGUCUUGGGAGAGGAAUGAUUGAAGAUGAGUUCUUUGACGAUGAAAAUAAAGACAUCUUUGAACGUCGUAUUGUAGAAGUAGAGACAAAAAUGACGACAAUACAGCUAUGGCCGCUCAUUUUAAAAGACAGUGACGUGGAUUACAACGUGUACUACGAAGAAUCCCUGAGCGAAGUCGAAGACGCAGUUAGACAUCUCGAACGAGAAAUGAUCAACGACAGUGAGGACGAGGCACUAAUCAAACGUCGAGAAUUGGUCGAGAUAAGGGUGUACACUGUARCCAAUCUUGGGCGUGGCAUGAUUGAAGACAAGUUUUUUGACCAAGAGAAACAGAACGARUACAGCAAGCGGAUCCAAACCCUGGAAAGAAGAAUGAAAAUUCUGAUGUUCUGGCCUUUAGAGAAGAAAGUUAGCACUGAUGAUGGCGAUAAGUACUUGCAAGAUAAGCUGCGAGAGGUCGAGAAGGAGCUAUACGAAUUUGAAUCGCUUGGCGAACAAAACGAUUUGACUGAUCACGAUUUGAAGGAAAUGUCUGACGAAAGAGACAAGGUAACGUCUAAAGCUGAAGAUGUUAUUAAUCUCGGUCGAGAUAUGCUUCAUAGUAACCUUGUAAAUGAGAGAAAGAGAUUAACGUACAAAAGAAGAUUGGACAACCUUGAUGGGAGAGUGACGGCCCUAAAAGCACUAUCAUAUAAUCCUAGGACUUUGAGGAGAGAUUUCGAAGAAACACUUAAAGAAGCAGAAUCAGCAGUCGACGARWUGGAACCACGAGUGAAAACUGCCAUCCAUAACAAAGAUAACAAGGUUCUAAUCAAGCAAAGAGAUGACUUGGACCAGAAAGUACAGGAUGUCAUUAGUCUUGGUCGUGAGAUUGUUGAUGAUAUACCGAUUGACAAGGACAAAGCUGCAGAAUGGAAAAAGAGAAUGAAAGAGUUGGAAAGAAGAAUGGAACUAUUGAUGGGAUGGCCAAUACUUGAAUACAUAAGCCGAUUUAUUGGAAUUCCAGUACUAGAGAAAACAGGGGAAUUACUACACCUGGAUGACCGUGAAAAAUUCUUUGGCGAAACGUUACAGGAAGCAGAGAAAGCCGUUCAUUACCUACAAGAACGCGCUAUGGAAAAGGACUUAGGCCCUGAUGAACUGAAGGAAUUGUCUGAAGAACGUGAUUACUGCGAGCCAAAGGUMCUUGGAGUAGUAGGACUUGGCCGUGGAAUGAUAACCGAYGGCCUYGURGACAAAAAGAACAAAGAYCAAUAUCAAGAAAGACUGGAUGAUUUGGAGGAGAACAUGAAGCUCCUUAUGUGUUGUUCGUUUGGAAACAUUCAUGGAAUACAUGACAUGUUCUUUGAAGGACGACUUCGCGAAGUAGAAGAUAAUAUGUGGAAUUUUGAAGACCGUCUKGACCAUGAAGAUAUGGACAACUGUCCAAUCAAGGAUAUCGUCAAUGAGAGAGAUGAAAUAGAGAAGGGUGUUUAUUGCGUUGUGAGCCUUGGUCAUGGUAUGCUUGAAGACGAAAGAUUUAGUGAYGAUAAAGAACAAGAGUACAUUGAUCGCAUGGACGACUUACAGAGAAGAAUGAAAAUCCUAUUGGACUGGCCUGAUGGCGCAAAAGACAGGAAGCCGCUGCCAAAGAAAUGUAGAGACUACGACACCAAGCUAAGAAAUAAAGAGAUAGCCGUCACACAAUUCGAACAACGAGCAAAGGUUACUGAACGUGAAAGUGUUGACUUGCAGAGAGCCAAGAAGAGUUUUGACAACGUCAAGGCAUUAAUUUGUGAAAGAGAUAAACUGGAGCAAGACGUUUAUGAAGUUUUGACCGAAGGGCGAAUUUUAUACCAGGAAGAAGAYAUGGAKACUAUAGAUUUGGCAUUCUACACACGMCGCAUGAGCAGGCUAGAAGAAAAUAUACGAUUCUUACGGGAAUGGCUGCAUAACGAAAUGUUAAGGCUACAUAACCUUUACAUCAUAUUAAUCAAGCAACACCUACAGAGACUUGUGGACUGGCUCGUUCGAGCAGAAGUAAAAAUGGACCUCGAGGAUGAUAUUGGGCCUGACCAUGAUACAGUUGUAAAACAACUGGAAGAACAUAUGGAGUUCCAUAAGGAAGUCGGGGCGAAUUCCACCGUGAAUAUGAUSCUAGAGAUAGACCUAGACGACCCAAGUAUUGACAGCGCCCUUCACCAGGACGUCAAGACGCUAAGUGARCGUUGGGCGGCGGUGUGGAACUGGAGCGAGGAACGUAAAAACCGCUUGUMUGACGUCAUAGCUGACUGGGAGGCGUUCCGCGAGAUGGAAAAGAAGUUCUAUGAUUGGUURGUUGAUAAGGACGAAGCCACGGAAAUAUCAGAUAUAAUUGACAUUUCCGAUGAAGACCAAGUGGAUGCUAACACUGCAGUAUUGAAGAGUCUUGUUAAUGAGAUCAAAUACCAUGAAGGAUUAGUCAACGAUUUUCACGAGAUAGGUGAAAAGCUCAUCUCCGAUGCCCAAUACCAGUAUAAAACGGCAGAAUUAAUCCGAAACGAGACUAAUGACUUCWGUGAAUGCUGGAAAACAGAGCUGAAUCGUGCAAAAAGAAGAAAAGCACGGCUUCAAGAGGCAAGGAAGAAGUUCKURGAGAUGGCAAAUUUAAAAAAGAACGUCAAUGAUUGGUUGGACGGAACGGAAUCGCUGAUAGACUCUUUCAYAAACGAACGAGAUGAGCAAGAAAAUCAAACAUUCUUAAGCAAAAUCGAGAUCCGAUGCGAAGAACGUGACGCAAAUCAAAAACGUCUGGAAAAGAUGAAUUUAAUAAAUAAAGAACUAGCCCCAGUCAUUGAAAAAGCCUCCGCAAAAGAAAUAAACCACGUGAUAGACAUWGUSAACCGWCGWAUGCAAGAUGCGAGCGACAAACUGGAUAUGAUCAAAGAAGACGACAUWCCGCUGACACAAAAGGAAUGCUGGCCCAUACAAAGUUUGAAAAAUUGUCUAGGGGAGCCUGGGCCUGGUCAUGUGGUUCGAUACUAAAACUGAUCACUAAGAGUAUUSUAAUUGUUAUAUUAUUAUUUCCUAAAGAUAUACAUAUUCACAAAUUAAGAGUAAACGGAUAAUAGAGUAACAAACACUAAAACUGUGCAACAUAAAUACCACUAGAUACUGCUAAAUUAUGCUAAUUCUAUUGUUUUCUAUUGUUUAAUUAACACUAUUUUGUAGUAAAUAGUGGAAAGUAUUGCACACAUUUAAUGUUCGUACUCUAACAUUGUACUACGAUAUUUUAUAAAAAUAACUAAACGUGGUUUCGUACAUAUUGAUGCGUAUUGGUKACAUUACUUCAUUAAUCAUAAAUUCUUAGAUGACAAAAAAAAAACUUUACGGAAAACACGAACAGAGAAGUAAAACUGCGGAAAGGAAACGUUUCCGUAAAGUAGUUUUACUGGUUUCUUACGUCUUCUAAUAUAAAUACUGUACGGAAAUGCAUUAAGAAACUAGUAAAACUACUUUACGGAAACGAGUUCGUGCGGUACAUACGUAACUUAAGUAAGAGAAUAAUGCCAAUAUGUUGAGGAAACGAAGUGUUUACGGGAACCGAAAUCUAGCGAUUUACCAAUACGUUGAGGAAACGAAGUGUUUACGGGAACCGAAAUCUAGCGAAAUAGAAGGGAAUAAUCGAAAAGGUAAAACACUAACGCGUUCGUGCGGUACAUACGUAACUUACGGAAGAGGAUAAUGCCUAUUGAAACAUAUAAGUGUUUACGGGAACCGAAAUCUAGCGAAAUAGAAGGGAAUAAUCGAAAAGGUAAAACACUAACGCGUUCGUGCGGUACAUACGUAACUUACGUAAGAGGAUAAUGCCUAUUGAAACAAAUCAGUGUUUACGGGAACUGAAAUCUAACGAAAUAUAAGGAAAUAAUCGAAAAGGUAAAACACUAACGCGUUCGUGUGUUACGUACGUGACUCAUGUAAGGGAAUAAUACAAAUACCUUAUGGAAAAGGACUGUUCAAUUGUGGGGAUCAAAACAUAACGAAAUAUCAGGAAAUUAAAGAAGAGUAAUAUGUAA